UCCCCAGCGGAGCCAGGGCUCCCCGCAGGCGCCCAGUUGCCAGGCCCCCUCUCUCCGGCCCACCAGCAGCCCCUCCCACCGCCCAUGGCGCUCCGCGCGCGCACAGCGGAGUGUGGGGCGGAGGAACCGCAAUCUCGACCUGUGGGGACCGUGAGGGGCGCAAGGGCAACGGGGCGCGGAGGGGGUCAAGCAGGAAGUUUUCACCUCAGUCCGAAGAACCCUCCGAAGGCAACACGCGGCAAGAACAAGAUGGCGGCUUAGGUGUGGGGGUGGGGUGGGGGUAGAAAGGGGCCCAGAGAAAGGAGGCCUCGGACCACGGGACCAUGGCCCCGCCCUCCUCACCCGAUUGGAAGAAAGCGAGGCUCGUUUGCAUAACACGGGCGGCGGCGGAGGAGGACAGCCUGGUCCUUCCUUUCUGUUUUUCCCUAUCUAGACAAUAAAACGGCAGCCCUCAAUGCAAUGCAGUGAGCGCAGCAGGAUAGACGUGCCCGGGGGUGGGGAAGAGGGACAUAGAGUAAAAUGCCUCUGAAGCAAUGUAUGCUGGGAGUUGUAGUCAUCCUUAGGAGCAGCUAGCAGGAAUGGAGUGGUGCUUUUUUUGCAAUGCGCACAAGCUGUUCUUUAGCUUGGGAUGGAAGAAUAUUAAUGUUUUAGUAGCGCAUGAUAGGAAAGAGCUUGUUUGCGUUUUGGGAUUACUACCCCCCCCCGGGCAACCUCCUCCUUUCGUUGAUCAGAAUGAAGCUGAAAAUUGAUUUAACCGGCCUUUCAAGAAUCAGUUCCCCACCGCUUCUGACUUUCCCCUUCAAAGUGCCACUGAGUUUGCCUACGGCCCCAAUCCUACGUGGGCUCUUCCUGGGGAACAGGCUUCGCUGAACGCAGAGGGACUUGCAUCAGAGCAAGCCUGCUGCAGGACUGUGCUUCGAACUGGGGAGCUGAUGUUACAUUUGCCUUUCAUGAACCGUCGCACCAGAGUUAGGAUAGUUCGCCUUUUAGAAAUACACGAGAAAGGAACAACUCCGUAGACACUUAGAAAUUCCUACGUAGAUUCCGAGCGGAGAAAGAAAGACACUCUUCUGCACAGCGUGAGAACUAUACAUGUGCGUAUAUAAUAAUACCCCGGACCCAAAUCUCUGAAGCGCCUCCUAUAUCCUUCCGAUAACAUCACUUCCUCUUAAACGAAGAAGCUGACUUGGUUUAAUCAGAUACUAUUGCUUAAGAGAAUCGCUGUGCGGAGCUGGAGUAAUUGUCCUGGUGAAGAUCUUGGCAGACAGCAUGAAGGUUCAGUUAGCAGCACUGUCGACUUUCCUACUUUGCCAAUUGCUUGUCGCAGUUUCUGCUGGGGAAGCAUUAGGAAAAGGUUAGAUACCAAUUCUUAUUUCCUCUUUUGUUUUUACUGAUGUUUUCAAAUGCCUGUGCUUUGCAAAAAAUAAGCAGAAAGGUUUAUGGUGUGAUCAUCCCUAAGCUAUCUGUGAUAACAAAUACGAUUCUUAUAGUUUGCAUCUACUCUUGGGAAAAUAGUUGAUUUCAAGAGAGUACUGUAGUUUCUCUAGUCUAGGCCAUGAGUUGCUCAGUGUGGCAGUUUCCAGGGCCCUUUUUGUUUUCAGAGUUCAAUUCAAAUAAAAAGAUAUGUAUAAAUCCUUUAGGAAAGAGAAUUGCUUGCUUUGGAAUAACUUCAAACUUCAAUGAUGUUCCUAGGAAUGGUAUCUUAGAUUGCCAUUCUAAAAGCAUUUAUUUCUUCGUAUGUGGUGAUAUAUAGAAAAUUGUUUUUAUCUUCUGUAACUGAUGCUUUAAAUUAUGCAACAUAUAUUCCCCCUUUUCUUUCAAGGUUUUGGAGAUCAUAUUCACUGGAGGACACUGGAAGAUGGGAAAAAGGAAGCAGCAGCCAGGUAUCUUGUGCAAACGGAUCUACAACCUUAAAAUUGGCUUAUUUGGAAGUUAAUUUUCCUGUUAUCCAUAAUAAUUGCUUCCAAAUAAGCGAACUGAGGUGUAAAUUUCAUAAGGUUAGCCUUACUAUUAAACAACGUCCUGGCUUAUCGCUACACUCAAAGAUGCAGAGUUUAUACAUAAAAACCACCUCUGCCAUACCAAAGUGAAUUUGCUUUAGGUUGUGAGCUGUAUAUGCUGCUUUUCCCCUUCUGAUGAAAGAGAUAGUCCAAACCUAAACCAAGUGUGUUUUGUAGUAAGUCCUAGGAAAUUCAAUUGAACUUUUCCCUCUCUGUUAGUAUUGUUCAAAAAAUUCUAAUAAAAUUAAAACCAACAGGGAAAAAAUAUUCUGGAAAACUCUCAGUUGACUCCCAUGCAGAAUUAGGCCUGUCUCAACGUGUUUGGAACUGGAUUACUUAAGCAAAAGAAUUGCAGUCACAACCUAAAAACCUGAAGGUGCAGAUUAGUACCGGUAAUAGCCUUUUGUAAGAACUUGAUCUCCAGCCUUACACAAGAAGACAUGAAAUUAUUCAGAGACUGACAAACUGAUCACCUCGAGUUCAGCCAUACAGCUGGGAUUGCAUGCUGCUGCUGCAAUUAAUUUGAUACUUUUCUUUAAUUGUUUUUUAAGUUAGCACAUGGAAAUAACAUGCUUUAAAGGAACAAUCUGUGCUUUGAUAUGAAAAUGUUUUAGUGAUGAUCACUUGUAUACCUGAGUACAGUUUUGCUUGAAACGAAAUAGAGAUUAGGGCUGUAGUCAUAUUUACAACACUUGGGUGGCACAUUGUGAAUGCUACAUGGCGCCUUUCAACUUCGGUUGUUUCCAGCUUUUAGUGUGACAUAUUUUGAGGAUAGAUUUUCACAGGUGAAUGUCAGGGGUUUGAGAUUUGGGGGAGAGUACGCUUAUUUUGUGCUUGGAACUAAUACCAGCUUCCACAGCAGUUUUUCAGCUAUGCCAUGGUGCAUUUGGGAAAAGAAGAAAAAAAACUGCCCCAGCUGGGUUGCCAGUUGCGACCUGUGUGGUUGUGUGGAGCCGCCCUCCUUACACUGGUGUCACUGCAGCUUACCUGGACGGGGCUGGGGUGAUGGGGUAGCAAGAUUGGGGUGGAUGCACCAGUGGAGUCAAUCUUGUUCUCCUGCCAGCGCAUCUGUACAGCCCCCAGCUUCAGUAGCACUAAUGUUUGGAUGAUGGCUCCACCACUGCACAUAGGCUGCUACUGUGGGCAGCUACUAUACCUAGCCUGCAUCUUCCAGUGAGGAGUUAGAAGCCUUCAACUUCAAAGGCUCUGGGACUAAUGACACUUUCCUUGGCCAACUGUCAAGGUGACCUCUGCCAGAGCUCUGGCAUGCUUUGGAGAGGGAUCCAGCUAUGACCUAUCUUAUUGCACCAUUAACAGGAGCUGACAUUCUUCCGUUACAGUUGUGCUGUGGACAAGAACUUUGGAUAAUGAAAAACCCAACUAGCUCACAAAUGUAGAGACCUUUAGAAAAUUGGCUUCUUUAUUACAACACUGAACUCCUUGCACAUCAGCUGAUGCUCAGUCUUGCUUUCUGCAGGGAUCAGCUGUGUAAGCAGUUGAUGCAGGAUCCAUCCAGGACAUGGGAUGUCAAGUGUGGGGCAGCUGGACGUGGUUUGGGGGGAAGCAGUCUCAUGGGUCAAAUGGGGAGGAAUGGUGGGACAAAUUUGGCCCACAAGCCAGAGGUUAGCCACCCCUACGCUAGAGCUAUCAUCCUCUUACUUGGGAGUAAGACAUAAAUGUUUUCUUCUAGUGUUUUAAUAAGGUAAUAUAUAAAAAGGGAUUCUUUCCCAGCUGAGUACAGUGAUCUUCAUAAGGCAGAUGUUGAUGAACCCCAACUCCCAUCAGCCCCGGCCACCAUGGCUAAUAGUCAGGGAUGAUGGGAGUUGGAGUCCAACAAAUGUAUUGAGGACUACAGGUUCCACCAGUCCUCCCAUAAGGCACAACAAAAUAAUAAUAGCAAGCAUAUGUGGGUUGUGGGCAAAGCAGGUGAUUUUCAAAAAUGUAACAUUAGAUAAAUGGGCAAUAUGAGUGAGGGCUGGAUAGAAGAUGGCUGGGCCAUUAAGGCAACACAUGAAAGACUUGCACUUCUUGGUCAUUGUCCAUAGAGUUUAGUGUGCAGCUCUUAGACCUACAAAUAUUGCUCGUGAUCUCCCUUUUAGGUUUGCUUAGAUUUAUUUUUUUUACCGCACCUCUGACAAACAUAGUAGUGCCUAAGAAAGCUUUUCGCAUUGUGAAUUCCAGGUUUAAUCCUAUAAAUCAUUUGCAUAUCUGAAGGUGAAAUCACUUGAGUAAACUAGAUCUCCUUUUCCUGUAAGGUGGACAGUUGGCUGAUCUUUUAUUAGGUAUAAAAGAGUAGGACAUAUUAACCUUGUUCUUAAUAAAUCUUUAAUCUUAAUGAAGCUACAAUGGGACCCCCUUCCUUUUAUAAAUUUCAUUCUGCAGUUGCACCUUAUAGAACAAUCUUGUGCAUGUUUAUUCAGAAGUAAGUCUUAAGAGUACUGGAGUACAUUAAUGGUGCAUUUCAAUGUCUUUUUUUUUUUUUUUAGUGGGUUGCCUCUCAUGAUAAUCAUUCACAAAUCCUGGUGUGGUGCUUGCAAAGGUAAGAGAAAUUAACAUUCCCUGAGAGCACUUCAGAAUCUUCUAAUUGGAUAGAUACACAACAUUUGUAGGAGAAAGUAUAAUUUUACAGAGAGUAUAGCAUGUAUGUAUUGUCUUCAUAAAUAAAACUAUACUUAUAAGGUAGGGUUUUUUUCUAGAUAUAGCUGUGGCUAAAUGCUAGUUGAAAAGCUGCCCAAGCUUUUACUAUUUGGAUUCUGUGAGCCAAAGUUCAGAGAGUAAAGACUAGACAUGUACUACACUGAUGAACAAACUUACUUCAAACACCAUUGAAAAUGUAAAAAUACUUUUAGUUCAAGAGUGACCAUUUAUUUUGUGUUUUUUGUUGAAAAAACGGAGCAUUGCUCAUGUUUCUUGGGCUUUUUAUACUUGUAUACAACUGUUUUGUAUCACUUUUUCUUCGUAUUAGGUAUAUUAACAAAAGUAGCAAGGGCUGUUUCUGUUUCUUUUUAUUUAAAUGCGAGGAUUUUGAUGACUGAUUUUGGCUGUGAUCUAACUAAAGUUAGUUAUGCUUAAGUCCUACUGAAAUCUAGAGUGCAAGUUAGGUAUGAGACACUUGUUCCCAUGAGACUGAUUUAGCUGGGUUAGGGCCCCUUGUGAUUAGAAGCAUGUGUGUAAGAAUUAUAACACUUGUUCUCUUUCCUGAUUAAUUUUUCCUUUCUAUGCUUUUCUUAGCUUUAAAACCAAAGUUUUCGGAAUCUAAGGAAAUCUCAGAGCUUGCCCAUAAUUUCGUGAUGGUCAACCUUGAGGUAAGUUUCAGUUGGAUAGUUGCUAAGAUGCUGAAAUGAAGCAUUUCCCCAUAUUCUUCCUUGGAACUUUCUGAGACAAUUUAUGAAGAUACAGAAAGCAAACAUAAAACAUUCUCUGUAUUUCGGGGGGGGGGCAACGCUUCCAUUGAUUUAUCCAUUAUUUUACAUUGCACAUCCUUAAUACAGUGGUACUUUGGUUCCCAAACUUAAUCCAUUCUGGAAGUCUGUUCCAAAACCAAACCAUUCCAAAACUAAGGCGUGCUUUCCCAUAGAAAGUAAUGCAAAAUGGAUUAAUCCAUUCCAGACUUUUAAGAACAACCCCUAAAACAACAAUUUAACAUGAAUUUUACUAUCUAACGAGACCAUUGAUCCAUAAAAUGAAAGCAAUAAUCAAUGUACUGUACUAUAAAAUAAAUGAGACAGUAUUGUAGAUAAAAAUUAAAAUUAAUUUUUAUUCCUACGUGCACUGAUGAUAGUCAUUGUUUGGAAUGGGGGGGGGGGCUUUUAUCCAUUUCUGCAGACACACAAUCAAUCAGUAGCUGAAGUGGGUUCCACACAGUCACAAAAACAAGUCACAAGCCACAGUCACAAGUCAGUGCCAUAAAAUGAAGAACAAGUCACAGUCAAUACAGUGGUGCCUCGCAAGACGAAAUUAAUCCGUUCUGCGAGUAUCGUCGUCUAGCGGUUUUUUCGUCUUGCGAAGCAACCCUAUUAGCGGAUUACCGCUAUUAGCGGUUUAGCGGCUAUUAAAGGCUUAGUGGCUUAGUGGCUUAGCUGCUAAAAGGCUAUUAAAGGCUUAGCGGCUUAGAAAAAGGGGGGGAAAGCGAAAAAAAAUCUCAAGACUCGCAAGACAUUUUCGUCUUGCGAAGCAAGCCCAUAGGGAAAUUCGUCCUGCGAAGCGCAUUGAAAAACGGAAAACCCUUUCGUCUAGCGGGUUUUCCGUCUUGCGAGGCAUUCGUCUUGCGGGGCAGCACUGUACAACAAAAAAGCCACACAAACAAAAACGCACAAAAAUAGCAAAAACAAAAGCUCCAAAUAUCACCUCUGUUUUUGCGUGGGUGUUCGGGACUGAACAGCCGACACACUCAACAGGAAGCCUCUGAUUAGCAGUGGGGGACUCAAUUUACAAACAGAACACACUCAACAGAAAGUGGAACAUGUUCAGCUUCCAAGGCAAAGUUCACAAACCGGAACACCUACUUCCAGGUUUGCAGCGUUCUAUUUCCAAGUUAUUCAUAAACUAAGCUGUUCUAAAACCAAGGUACCACUGUGAUGUUGAAUGAAUGAACAAACUAUUAUUGUCAAAUUAAUAGUCUGCUGUUUUCACAAAGAAAUAUUACUGAUGAACAAUUGCAGUGACUUGCCCUUCUUUCGAGGGGUGAUAUCCAGCUGUGGGGUCCAUCUUGCAGAAUGGAUCUCCAUGCCUUGAAAUGUCAAAGGUUGAGCUUGAGAAACUUUGCAUCCAAGGCAGUUGCACUUCCACAGAGCUGUGGAUCUUCCCUUUGGUUAUAUGUAUAGAAACAAUAAAGAUAGAUUUCUGUGGAAAUAGUCCUAAUGUUCCUUUACUUUAUCUUUUUAACUUUCAGGAUGAAGAGGAACCCAAAGAUGAAGCUUUUAGUCCUGAUGGUGGUUACAUUCCCAGAAUCAUUUUCAUGGGUGAGGCAUGAGGCAGCUUCUUAUCCCUCUUGGAGAACUGCAUUGCUGUUGUCAUCACAUGGAUGUUUUCAUUUGUUCUCUCUGUUUUUUGUAGAUCCCAGCGGAAACAUCCAUCCAGAGAUCAUAAAUGAGAGAGGAAACCCCAGCUACAAGUACUUUUAUACCAAUGCUGAACAAGGUACAUGUGAAUUAAGUUCAAAUUGGGCUUUAUCUCAGAUGGCUAUAGUAGCCCUGGCAGCUCUCUGACAACUUGUAUUUCACUACAGGUGUCCUGAUUAAGUCACAGUUCAGAACUAUAUUGAAUUAUACCUGAUUACCAUUGCAUAUAAAUGGUGUAAGUUUAAGCAUACACGUUUAGGAUUCUGUCAAGACUCUUAGGUUACAUCAGAAUAUUGGUCAAAGAGAAGAGAUUUGACAGACUUGUUCUUUUUCACAUCUUCUGUUAGGGGGAUAAUGGAAUAAUUGAGCUUAAGAAAUGGGAGGCAUUUCUAGAAAUGGGGGAAUGUGUCUGUUUUGCUUUCUCGUAGGUCAGGGUUCAUCUGACAAGCCCUGUUAUUCUGCUUCCACAAGGCUUUCCUCUCUCCUUCCCCUGUGCCCCCCAAAAUUGGCUGGGGUGCAGUGAGGAGAGCCCUCAGAGCAGGAGACUGUGGGAGGAGAGAGCAAUGCUUAGACAGAUAGGAUGUUCAUCAUAGUGCAAUGUUGAAUUCCACCCUCAGUUUCUUGUUUUCAUCUCUCCCGUUCUCCAAAUUUCCACAGCAAUUUGUGAUUAUUUAUUUUUAAAAAAAUACUCAUGAAGAUUCAUUGGCAUAUGAGGAACGGCUAAGGGAGCUGGGCAUGUUUAGCUUGGAGAAGAGGAGGUUAAGGGGUGAUAUGAUAGCCAUGUUCAAAUAUAUAAAAGGAUGUCACAUAGAGGAGGGAGAAAGGUGGUUUUCUGCUGCUCCAGAGAAGCGGACACGGAGCAAUGGAUCCAAACUACAAGAAAGAAGAUUCCACCUAAACAUUAGGAAGAACUUCCUGACAGUAAGAGCUGUUCGACAGUGGAAUUUGCUGCCAAGGAGUGUGGUGGAGUCUCCUUCUUUGGAGGUCUUUAAGCAGAGGCUUGACAACCAUAUGUCAGGAGUGCUCUGACGGUGUUUCCUGCUUGGCAGGGGGUUGGACUCGAUGGCCCUUGUGGUCUCUUCCAACUCUAUGAUUCUAUGAUUGUAUGAUUCAUAAAUGAUAUACACCUUUUUGCACAGCAAAAUUUUAUAAUCUUAUAGGCUGUUUUCACCAAUACAGUGGUACCUCGCAAGACGAAUGCCUCGCAAGGCAAAAAACUCGCUAGACGAAAGGGUUUUUUGUUUUUUGAGCUGCUUCGCAAAACGAUUUUCCCUAUGGGCUUGCUUCGCAAGACGGAAAUGUCUUGCAAGUUUGUUUCCUUUUUCUUAACACCGUUAAUACAGUUGCGACUUGACUUCGAGGAGCAACUCAUAGAACGCGGUGUGGUAGCCUUUUUGAGGUUUUUAAAGACUUUGGUGAUUUUUGAAGCUUUUCCAAAACUUUCCCGACACCGUGCUUCGCAAGACGAAAAAAUCGCAAGACGACAAAACUCGCGGAACGAAUUAAUUUCGUCUUGCGAGGCACCACUGUAUAUGCAUUUUUAUGUACACUUUACACUAGUAUAUACAGUAUUUUUUGUACAUAUUACUUGGCUAGAGAACUGCACUGCAAAAUUCAAAAUAAAUGUGAAGGUUGGCUGUGUUUUGGUUUGCAUAUUGUCUCAGAAAAUGUGAAUUAGGCAAGUUUUAAAUGCAAACUGUAUUGAAUUUCUCUCCUAUUCAUGACAACUGAACUGAACCAAGUACUAAGCAUCUUUUAUGUUUAAUAUUACAGUCAUCCAAGGCAUGAAGGAAGCCCAAGAGAAGCUGACAGGCGAUGCUUUCAGGAAGAAACAUCUUGGAGAUGAAUUAUAAUACACUGGGGAUCUGUUUUAUAUAAGUUCAGAAUCUAAAAUGAGAUAUGACUCUUUCCCCCCUCCUUUUUCCCCAAUGAGGAAUUGUAGAUGCACUGAUACGAUCUUUUUCCUACUGAUAACUUGUUCGAUCAAAUACUAUCUAAUUUUUCAGACAGUGAAAUCAAAAUAAAUAACUCUGUCCUCUCUUGUUUACAUUGAAAUGCCUGUUUAUAGGAUAAAUAAAGCUAAAAUACUUAAUGAUGAAUGAAUGUUUCAACCUUGAGCAUAUUAUAAACCACAGUUUCAGUGGAGUUUAAGGCCUAACUAUUUUUAAAUUGCUUAUUCUCUAUGAGGUAAAGGCUGGUAUCUGGUUUGUGAUGAGGACAUUGGUCUUAAUAGAAUCAUCUAUUCCUUUUAUCAUAAACAGGCUUAGUCUUGCUUAUUUCAGUAGGAACUUCUAGAUAUUAAUGUUUAGGAUUACAACAAUCUUGCUUUUAUUGUUCAGUAUGAACUUUUACCAAGCCCACUGUACCAAACUAAUAAUUCUGUCAUGAACGCUACACCAAGUAGAGUUAUUUUCCUGCCUGCCCAAGGAGCAGCAUGAAGAACAUUGGAAGUACAAAAUUGUUUUUAUUUUCCUUACAGAAUUGCCUGCUGCUCCUUUUGUUACGUUUAGACAGAAACAUAGCUUUCCCAUUUGUGCAUUUGUCUUUUAAUUCUUUUGUGAAUAGAAGAGAAAAUGUAAUGAAGUAUUUGGUGUGAAAAUCUCUUAACUUGCUGAAUGUUCUCGGUGGAUGCCUUGCUUCAUCAUAUUGUACUGUAUUUUUGUAUCUGGGUAACCAAUAAAAUGGAUUUUUAUUUUUCAUUUCAUUUUGAGAUAACAGUAACUUCUAUGAGGGGCUAAAGGCAUAAUGUUGAAUUUGUGAAGUUACUGUUGAAUGUUUCAUUCUUUUUCCUACAUGUUUUCAUGCAUAGACAUCUGUAGUUUUUAAAAAUCCCAUUACAUUCAGUAGUUCUGUACCUAACACUAUUUUCUAAGCAUUUAAUUCAGCAAAGUUAAAUGAGAAUGGGUCUAACAAAUUUGCCUGUUAUUAUGAAAAUAAAAUUACUUUUAAAAUUUCUACAGUAAUAGCGCUCACAUCUUCCAGUGACAGCACAAUCCUAACUAUGUAUACUCUGUUGUAAGCCCUAUUGAAUUCAGUGGGACUUUCUUCCAGGUAAAUGGGGCUAGUAUUGCAAGCUUUGUAACAAUUGUGUAAAAAGUUUUUAGUAAGAGCAACCAACUUACUGCACACAAGGGGAAAACCUAUGUUAGCAAGUUAUAGUGAACUUAUUGGCAUGCUUUCCUUGAUGUAAUUAUGAAAUGGUGUGCAAUACAUUUCAUUUCAAGACAAAAAAAAUCUCCAAGUGGUUUACAGCAAUAAAAUAGCCUAACAACAACAUUGCAGUAAAAUCAUAGUUUACUAUAGGUAACUGAUUUCUAUUGCCUUUCUUGCUGAAUGUUGAAUGAGGAGCUAUAAAAGUUUUUUUAAAAACACCAAAAAACCUUCAGUGCGUAAAUGUAAAGACCUUUCUGGCAUAAAUAGUAUGUUUUUAGCAGAUUCAAGCUGCUGUGGUCAGAUAUUACUUUAUAUGUACUACAUCCAUAAAAACUUUUUUUUUUUAAUGAAGAGUUGCCUUUAUACACAUUAAAUUUUUCAAUCAUUUAAUACAAUAUAUCAUUUUAUUUUAUUACUUUAAAAACUCUUCUGCCUUAGUUUAGUGGAAUGUUCUCUACAUCUGGAAAUCAGCCGAUACUUUGGCCAAAGGUGGCAUGACUUUCUCAAGAAGGCACUAUUAGAUUCACUCUUAAUAAUUAAUACCAUGCAUUUAUCAAAUAAAUUUAAUGGUGUGUUUACGUACCAUUUUUACUUGCUCAAUCCACAGAAGAUCAUAGCCCUGAUACUUUGUCUGGGCUCACCAUUUCUGUAAAACAGCAGUUCUGUGUAGGCACCUGUCUUAGUUGUCCAGUCAUAUCAAUAACUGGAAAAAAUGCUGCAACCAUCAUGGGAACCAGAGUAAUUAUGAUGUACAGAAGUGGUAUAUUCAUAUGAGCUUCACCCAGUGCGGUAAUGUGGUAGCUGUUUCUAUGACCAGGACCUGGGAUUGUAGUGACUGCUGGUUUCAGUAUGUGCAAUAAGCCACGGUUAUUUAUUUCAUACAUUCUGGUUCUGACUUUUAGGGAAAGCUUGCACUAGUUAGCUUGCAAUGAAGCUUGAAACAAUUGAUACGAUAAAAAUAGCUAUGUACAAAAUCAUAUGCAGGUCAAUGAAAAAUAAAUACAAAUUUUGAUGGUGUG